GGGGGGGUCAGCUCGCCAGCUGCCAGCCCCCAGACUCGGUGCCCCUCCCUCCCCCACCUGAAUGCCUGGUCCCCGGCCAGGGAAAGCCACAGACGCUGCAGCCCUUCCUGGCCUCUCGCCUGCCGCCCCCAUGAGGAAAACCAACAUGUGGUUCUUGGAGCGGCUUCGGGGGACCGGGGAAAACGGUGCCACCCGAGGCGUGGGGGGCGAGUCGGGGGACAAGGCCUCCAAAGGGCCCCUGUACAGCAACGUGCUGACACCCGACAAGAUCCCCGACUUUUUCAUCCCCCCCAAGCUGCCCUUGGGCCCCACGGAGGCUGAGGCACAGGCCACGCUGGGCCCGUCCACGUCAGAACAGAACCUGGCCUCGGCCGCGCCCUGCCGUGCCCCCCGGAGCCCCCGGCUGCCGGCCAAGCUGGCAGCCGAGAGCAAGAACCUGCUGAAGGCAGCCACCCGGCACGUGAUCCAGAUAGAGAGCGCGGAGGACUGGCCGGCCGAGGAGGCCACCAACGCUGACCCCCAGGCCCAGGGCGCCAUGUCUCUGCCCUCGGUGCCCAAGGCCCAGACGUCCUAUGGCUUUGCCACGCUGGCCGAGAGCCCCCACACGCGUCGCAAGGAGUCUCUGUUCCACAGUGAGCAUGGGGCCCUGGCCCAGGUGGGCUCCCCAGGCACCGGGCGCCGUCGGGCCGGGGCCAAGGCCAACGGGGCUGACGGGGGGUCUAGGGAGGCUGGGGGGGCUCUCAUGAGCCCCAGCCGAUACUUUAGUGGGGGGGAGAGUGACACCGGGUCCUCGGCCGAGUCCUCCCCCUUCGGGUCCCCUCUGCUCUCCCGCUCCGUGUCUCUGCUCAAGGGCUUUGCCCAGGACAGCCAGGCCAAGGUGAGCCAGCUCAAGCACUCGGUUGGCCGCCACGGCUCCCUGUCGGCUGACGACAGCACGCCGGACACCAGCCCCGGGAUCCGGCGCCGCCUGAUUCGCCGGGCCACCCCGGAGCCAGGCCCCGAGUCCGGCCAGGCACCCCGAGGGGAGCACACAGUGCGGAUGGGCCCCAGGGGCAGCGUGCGGCUGCUGGCGGAGUACGAGGCGGCCCAGGCCCGCCUGCGGGUGCGCCUACUGGCCGCCGAGGGCCUGUACGACCGCCUGUGCGACGCCCGCAGCAUCAACUGCUGCGUGGGCCUGUGCCUGGUGCCCGGCAAGCUGCAGAAGCAGCGCAGCACCAUCAUCAAGAACAGCCGCAACCCCGUCUUCAACGAGGACUUCUUCUUCGACGGCCUGGGGCCGGCCAGUGUCCGGAAGCUGGCCCUCAGGAUCAAGGUGGUCAACAAAGGCAGCAGCCUCAAACGGGACACGCUGCUCGGGGAGGAGGAGCUGCCUCUGACCUCCCUGCUGCCCUUCCUGUAGGGCCGUCCCGUCCUGGGCUGGGCCGGGAGGUGGGUCGGAACUCAGGCUGGGCUCGGCCCUGAUGCUGCAGCUGACGUGCGGCUUUCGGAAUGUUCAUUUUCGUGAAUUAAUUUUUUCAGAGGAGGAGGAAGAGAGGGGUUUCUGGGGAAGAGGAAGGGCCACUUCCCAGGGCUUGACACCCUCCUUUGUCCCUCAACACCAUCCUUGACUCAGAGUUCUGGGAAAAGGUGCUCAGGGGCCCGGGCCGGGUGGGAUGGAGAGGCUGCAGGUCGUGGAGCUGAGCUGGAGCUCCCUUCCCUUCCUUGCCGAGUGUCCUCCCCACAGCCUCGCUGCCACCGUUCCAGCCAGGUGCCCGGGGACAGCACGUCCCUAGGGCCGUGGGAGGCACCCCCACCCCGGGGCUAUGCAGAGAGGGGUCAGGAGGGUGUCCACCCGUCUCGGAGGGCAGUGAACCUGCCCAGACAGAGGAGGAGAAGAGGGGAGCAGCAGCUGCCAAGCUCGGAGCAGAGGGAGUCUGGGAAGAGAAGACGAGAGCGACUUGCUCUGGCCGCCGGGAGCCCGGCAGCUCUCGUGUCGCUGUUUUCCUCCAGUGCCGUCUCAGCCUGAUUUCGGGCGCAGCCUGCCUGGCCCCUCUCCCUGCCGCGUCUGGAGCCACCCUGACUGAGGGUCUCGCUCAGAGGUGUCCAGAGAGUGGCCCAAACUGCCCAUCCAUCUGUCCCUCCCUCCUGGGGCUGCCACCCAGGGCCUCCCCGUCUGCGCUGCUGCCCGGCGCCCUGGGUGGCUGGGAGUGCUGCGGCGACAGACGCAGAGUGUGUAACUAGGUUUGGGUGCUGGCAGGUGGGGUCAGGAAAGGACAGCUGGGGGGACCCUGCUUGUGGCUUUUCAUGCUGCUGGGUGUGUGCGUGGGCUUAAUUGUGUUGGUUAUGUGGGUCCCUGAAUGAUUUUUGUGGGGGUUUUCCAGCUCAGAAUGAAUCAGAAAUGCUACGAUUCAAAGCAGGGGCUCAGCCAGCCCAGACCCUGUGUCUCUCCUGGGCUGCCGGCCUGGCUCCAUGUGCCAGGCACACCGUGGUGGCGUCCUGGGGUGUCCCUCCUGGCACAGCUGUCACCCCCUUUGUCAUGCUGCGUUCCUCCUGAGUAGAUUUCUGCCUCCCACCGGGGAGGGUGAAGGAGCUGAUCCCGAAGGACCGGAGGAAGCUGACCCCGCACGACUGGUGAGACGCACCUGCGCCCCCGGAGGUCUAGAAGGAGGCGCCCUCCGACGAGGCCCCCUCUGUGCCUGGCACCGUGGGGCUCCCUCUUUUCUCUGGACCCUGGGAGCGACCAGGGCUUUGGGCGUCAGGCUGGGGGAGGCGGGAACAGAGGGCCCUGCAUGGCGUUACCGCUGUCACCGCUGCCCGGCUCUCCCAGGGGGUCCCGCGGUUCACAUUCCCUGCACUGUUUGAUAUCUUUGUGUUUGACGUUGACUGUGGAUAAAUCUUUAAGACACCCCCCACAUGUUUGUGUAAAUGCUGUUUUUAGUGCAAUAAAGGUGUUUCGGGAA